AUGCCUGAGAUCGCAGAAGUUGCCCGUAUCGUCCAUUUCCUACGCCUUCAUGUAGUAGGGAAACGCAUCGUAUCCGCUUCUGCAAUAGAUGACAAGAAUGUGUUUGGCAAAGUUGGUACAAGUGGUGAGGAAGUAGAAACUGCUUUGAAGGGGAAGAAGAUUGUCUCUGCAGGAAGUCAGGGGAAAUACUUCUGGAUAACCCUCGACAAACCUCCGCAUCUAGUAAUGCAUUUUGGAAUGACAGGUUGGAUGCACAUCAAGGAUGAACAGACAGCAUAUACCAACUACUAUAAGAAGAUGAAGGAGGGUGAGCCUGAUCAAUGGCCGCCCAAGUUCUGGAAGUUCCAGUUCAAGACCGAGGGUUCAGAAGUAGCCUUCACGGACGCGCGUAGGUUUGGUCGGGUGCGACUUGUCGACUGUCCCGGGGACCAGAUAAGGAAGCAUUCGCCUCUGGUAGAGAACGGACCGGAUCCAGUUGUCGACCUUGAUCGUUUCACCGAGGAUUACUUGCGUUCCAAGAUGCGAGCCCGCCAUGUCCCUAUCAAGGCCCUCUUGCUAGACCAAGCGAUGAUCAGCGGAAUUGGCAAUUGGGUGGCCGACGAAACACUGUACCAAGCUAAGCUUCACCCUGAGCAAUAUUGUGAUAAUUUCAACGAUGCUCAAAUCGCCACCCUCUAUGAAAUGAUCCGCUAUGUGUGUCAAACAGCCGUCGAUAAACUGGGAGACUCAGACGAAUUCCCCGAACACUGGCUCUUCAACUAUAGAUGGGGCAAGGGCGCAAAGGGUGCAGCGACCAAGCUACCAAAUGGCGAAAAGCUGGCUUUCAUUACAGUUGGCGGGCGGACAAGUUGUUACGCGCCCGGUGUACAGAAGAAGACAGGAAAUACAGCUCCCGGCAUCAAAGAGGAGCCUCUCGAAGAAAAGGCCGAAAUUAAACCUCCCAAGAAGUCAAGGAAGAAGUCACCAGAGGCAGCCGAAGAAAACGUCCAGCCUCCAAAGAAGAAGCGCACAAAGGCUACCAAGAAGGAGACGAAUGAAGACGCUGUAAAGACAGAAGAUGCUGCCGAGGAAACCCUGCCAAAUCUCGGACGAAGAAGAUCCACCCGCCUAAGGAAGUAG